GCGGGUCUCGGGCCGGGCGGGUGCCCAUGUGGACCAGCACCAUGCCUUGUUGUUCUCGGCGCUGAUUGGCUCGUGGCCGCCUGCUCGGGCUUCACGCGCUGCGGCCCGAAUGCGCGUCGGAAAACACGGAGGAGCUUCGACGCUGCCGGAGCCUCACGUGCUGUAAUCCCGCGGAAAUACACGAGCACCCGGUCGAGCCCGUUUGCCCCCCGGGGAGUUUGACGGAGAUUGUGGCGACGGUUGUGUGAAAAAUGUUCGCAUUUAGAGCGCGCGCGGAGGAGCAGGGAGUGGUGCGGUGACCGGGUUUUGUCGGAGGCCGUAGUAACCGGGCGGGGCAGCAGUCCGGGAGGGGCGGGUCUUAACCAGAACACGACUCGCCUUGUUGUGUGUAUUCCCGUGCUCGCAUCGCCAUCUUGUUGCAAUCCUAUUUUUUACGUAUAUGCGAGGAUCUACUUUCCGCGCGACCGGAUUAAAAAUUCGCCAGACCGAUUUCAGGUGAAAUACGGGGCGCCAGCAGCUCGUGGGUGCGGGUGUGAACACCGUGCACGCAGCGCUUACUACCGGGACACUACCUACCCCUCGGUCUUUUUCCUCCUUCCGUCCCGGGCCACCGGGUCUCCUGCCGUGAGGGUUUUUACGCGCAAUGAGCAUCGACACACUCCUGGAGGCGGCCAGAUACCUGGAAUGGCAAGCCCAGCAACAACAGAUCACACGUGAGGAGGAGCAGCGCAAAGAGAAGGAGCUCAUUCACAGGGAGGAGGAGUCGAGACGCGUGGAACUAGUGACGGCGUCGCCUCAACCCGUCAGAGCCAAUCACAUCACCUGGGGCGAUGACGCUCACCGCCCGCCGCCGCCUCACCCUCCGGCCCCGCCUCCCCCCUCGCUCCCGCCUCCUCAAGUCCCCAUCGCCGUCAUCCCGAUGGUCCCGGUCGUCACCGCCACGCCCUCGGUCCCGCCCCUGCCGCUCACGACGGCGAUCGCCGCGGCGGCCACGGCGCUCAACGGCUCCCCGCCGGCCAAGAGCGCUUCCUCCCCUCCCCAGCAGCCGGCGCCGCGUCACCUGCUCUGUGCUUCCCAGAUGAAGGUGGAAAGUAGUCAGCAGCUGGUCGGCGUCAAGCCGAACCAUUCGCAGCCUCAGGUCCAGAUCCAGUACCCGACCUCCAUCAGCACUAACGGCUCCGGCUCUCAGCACGCACUGGCCCCGCACCAAGCCCCGCCCACGUCGCAGCCGCGGCCCAACGGCGUGAUGAUGGACGACAUGAGAGGGGCGGACGGGAAGAAGAGACCAGGAGGGUCAGUUUGUGUAGCUGGGACCAGAGAGGUGCAUAAUAAACUGGAGAAGAACAGGCGAGCGCACCUCAAAGAGUGUUUUGAGACGUUGAAGAAGAACGUUCCCAAUGUUGACGAGAAGAAAACCUCCAACCUCAGUGUGCUCCGCUCCGCUCUGCGUUACAUUCAGACUCUGAAGCGUAAGGAGAAGGAGUACGAGCACGAGAUGGAGCGUCUGGCCAGAGAGAAGAUCGCCAUGCAGCAGCGUCUGGCCGAGCUGAAGAACGAGCUCAGCCAGUGCAUGGACGUCCUGGAGAUCGACAGAGUCCUCAGACAGACUAUCCAGCCAGAGGACGACCAGGCGUCCACGUCCACCGCCUCAGAAGGAGAAGACAAUUAUGAGCAGGACAUCGACGAGGACGCCCCCGCUCCUCCCGCUCCCGCGUCCCUUCCCAAACCGGCGCCUCCCAUCUUGCAGGCCCAGCCGAUCCUCACCCCCCACCUGUCCAUCCAGCACGCCACUCUGCCUCUCUCUGGCGUGCUCACCGCUGCCUCCCCCUCGGGCGCCCCCCUCCCUCAGGCCAUCGCCCCGGCCCCGGGUCCGCCCCCUCCGCCGCCGCCGCCGCCGCCUCAUCCCAUCCAGCCCCCGGCCGUGCAGGUGCAGCCCACCGUCAUCGCUCACGCCGCCGUCUCCCACGCCUCAGUCAUCCAGGCUGUCAAUCACGCCCUCCCAGCCAAUCACAAACACCUGACUCACAUCGCCCCCUCCCCCGGCCCCUCCUCCUCCUCCUCCACCACCCCCCAGCAAAUCAACGUGUCUCCGGCCGUCCCAGCCACCGCCACUCACCAGUCGAUAACCGCCCAGCCCAUCGGACACAUCACCGUCCACCCGGUCGCUCACCUGGGACCCUCUCUGACGUCCCACAUCCCGACCCUCUACCCCCAGGGCGUGGCGGUGUCCCAGCCCACCAUGGUGGGCCACAUCACCCACACCUUCACCCACCACACCCUACCGCACGUCCAGGCCAACCCUCAAGCCAACACUAACGGAGCCCAGGUGAACAGCGCGGCCGUGGUGACCCAGGGGAGCACGACGCUAGGGAAGCCCACGGCCGUACUAGCCCCCCACCCGCAGCUGGUCGGGCAGGCCACUGUCCUCAACCCCGUCACCAUGGUCACGGUCCCAACCUUUCCCGUCAGCACGCUCAAGCUGGCCUGAAACAGUGAAAAAAGAAAACGAGACGGACUUGACGAAUGAACGACGGGAGAAUGAGAGACAGCCCUGUCUAUAAUCAAUAGCAGAGAAUCUCCGACGGCGAUGAAUUACGAAGAAGCAUGGGCUGUUUUUCAGGCGUCUUGUGACGAUUGGUCCUCUGACAUAAUUUCGGACACGGCUCCGUUGGAUUGUGAGCGGUGACAUUGAAGCAGACGCGGUCGGGUCGGGGCCGCUGCUUGUGAACACGAGACUGUGACGUUCGCCUCCUCUGCACAGACAGGAACCGCGUUUGACCUUUCUUCCUUCCUCCUCUCCUUCCUUCUCGACAAGAAGCACUAACACAAUAAGCUCAGUUCACACUCAGGCAUCGAGGAUUUACCUUAACUAGUCAUUCACUCAUUGAGGGAGAAGAGCCGGGGCUGGUACUUUAGUGGUACAGUAUGCGUCCGCUUCACGCUGAUAGAUUCACGCGGGACGUUUUGGUGGAACGGUGGUGUGUUUGAGAGCAGGAUGAGGGGAGCAACACUCUGUGGAUGAAAGGCGUAAUAAUAAAACUGGAUGUAGAGUUAAGUCUGAUCGUGUGCGCAGCGGUUAAACAGGAAGAACUAGGGCUAUGAGUUUUUGGUUUGAUCAGCAUACAGUAGCGUCAUUAAAACCACACAUAAAAAGCAGAGCAACCAGUUUUAAGAGUUAAGUCAGAUUGAGAGCUGAGGAACUCCGGCUAUUCAUACAGGAAGUGAACUCCAGCUCUGAUGUGCUUAUCGGUCCUGCGUUGAAAAAACUCCUGGACGUGUUUUAAGACGUUUAAAGACAAUUAAAGACGUAAAUCUCAAACACCCACAGUUCAUUUGAGCCAUUUAAUUCCUAUUAGAUGUGUUUUAAGUGGUUCCAAAGCUCAGCCGCCUGAGUUCUUUUGUUCAUUUCCCCCCAAAAUCAUGAUUUCAAGCCAUCCUGAAAGUCGUCUGCUUAGUGUAAACGCCUUACUCCUGCUCUCAAAACACUCGGCGACAGGUUUGCUUUUGUUCACCCGAUGAGUGACUGUUAACGGCGGCUUUCAUCCUCAGUCUAAUAAUGCAACAGCUCCCUCUGCUGCUUCACCCCAGACCUCAUACUCAAGCCACGACACAGGCUUUUUCUAAAUCAGGAACAAAAAAAACUAAAGAACAAAACGUUAAAAUGCAGCGGCGAGACCGCUGAGAAGAUUUGGUGAAGAAUAAUUUGGAAAUUUCAUCCUCGGAUUUUGAGAAAUUAAUUUCGAAAAAGGAAAAAACGUGUUGUGACUCUUUUGUGUGUUCAUCUCAUGUGUGCACCAGCUAUCUUUCCAGCCUAAUCAUGAACUCCCCCCAUCAGUGUGCGUAGUCCGUGUUGCUGCUCCUUCGCCUCCUCUGCUCUUUCUAUAUGUUAUGUCCGUAUAUGUGACCGUAUCCGAUAUGUUUUAUAUUCUGUACUAUAGCUAAUCCUAUUGUACCUGUAGCAUGGCUCUGUUUUAUUUUUUAUUUUUUGGGUUAAUACAGUUUGCCCUGUGCAUGACGGAGUGUGCGUGUGUGUGUUUGUGUGCGUGUGUGUAGCUAGCAGGUUAUUUUUCUACACAGAGGUGAUUUAUGGUAUCGUGUGUGCCUAAACUCAGUUUUCCUGAAACACUGUGACAACUCUGGCAAAACACGGACACAAUGAGCGAAUGGAAGAGACAAAGAUUUACUGUCCUCGUUGUUGUUUUGUUUAGAUUUUUAAACUUUCUUUCGUUUUUUUUUUUUUUUUGUGAGUCCGACUGAGACAUCGAGUGGAAAAAGUUAUAAAAAAAAAAGCCUGUUGCUCUUUCCUUGAUAACAUGAUAAUGUCUAAUGUUAAAUUUGAGUUUUGUAAUAUUUGUAUGUACGUAUGAAAGUUUUGUAAAUUUGUGAUUGUACGCACGUUUUGGCAUCUUUAAAAGUGGGUUUGCAUGUAGAUUGCCGUUUAGUUUUUGUUUUUAAAAGUUUUGUUUUCUUGUUUUAUUAUAUAUUUUUUUUGGGACCAUGUACAAUACUGUAUAACGUGGGCAGACACUUGGACCUCAUGCUACAUUGAUAUUAUAUAUGAAUAUAAAAACAAAUGUUUUCCCUAUGGAGAAAGUUUUAAGUUAUAUAUUGCCUGUACACUUUGGGCUGCCUUUUAGAUCUAACUGUCCACUGUUUAAGAUAACAAUGAUGAUGAUGACAAAUAAAAACAUAUUAAUGAUGAAGAAUUAUGCUGAUAAAAUAAUAAAGAUUCUUAAUAAAUCUUAUUACAUUUACAACACA